ACCGAGAGAGAGAGAGAGAGAGAGAGAGAGAGAGAGAGAGAUAGAGAGAUAGUGAUAUAAGAGAGGAAAUAGUUUUGCAGGACAUACUUUUACCCCCAACAAGAUGGAAAUAAUUUGUGCGAGAAGACGCGCGAAGAAUUUGUGAAAUGAACCGAAGUCACAUCUGAAGUCUUGGGCGUGGCGGCUUUGGGAGGGGCCGCGCUCAGAGACAAGCUGCAGUGGCAGCACCAGACAGUGAAGCUGACACACAUGAGACUUCCCUGGUGUGUGUGGGUUUGUAUGAGACAGACAGACAGACAGAGAGAGUCAGUAGAGAAGGUAGUUGUGCCUGAGAGUUGUAGGUCUGUGUGCACCUUUGCAUUUGCUUGGCCUCAUUGUCACUUGUCCUGCUGAAUGUCUAGGCUGGAGACAUCCAACAGUUUCCACCUUCUGGUCCUGGUCCAAGUCAAAGGGACAAGAGGGUUUUCUCUCCGGCCACAAUGAGUGAUGUUGUCAUUGUGAAGGAGGGAUGGCUACAUAAGAGAGGAGAAUACAUAAAAACAUGGAGACCAAGAUAUUUCUUACUCAAGAGUGAUGGUACAUUUAUUGGGUACAAAGAGCGGCCACAAGAUGUUGACCAGCUGGAAACUCCACUCAAUAACUUUUCAGUAGCCCAAUGUCAGCUGAUGAAGACGGAGCGACCGAAGGCAAACACUUUUAUUAUUCGGUGCCUGCAGUGGACAACUGUUAUUGAACGCACUUUUCAUGUUGAGACCCCAGAGGAAAGGGAGGAGUGGACGAAGGCCAUCCAGGCUGUGGCAGAUAGUCUACAGAAGCAGGAGGAAGAGAGAAUGGACUCUGCACCCGACCUUAUGGACAUGGAGAUGUACCUGUCCAAACCUCGACUCAAAGUGACAAUGCAUGAUUUUGAAUACCUCAAACUCUUGGGGAAAGGCACUUUUGGGAAGGUCAUACUAGUGAAGGAGAAAGCCACGGGAAAAUACUAUGCCAUGAAAAUUCUUAAAAAGGAGGUUAUUGUAGCAAAAGAUGAGGUAGCACACACACUUACUGAAAACCGGGUCCUCCAGAACUCCAAACACCCUUUUUUAACAGGUUUGAAGUAUUCUUUCCAGACUCAUGACCGAUUAUGUUUUGUUAUGGAGUAUGCAAAUGGUGGAGAGCUUUUUUUUCAUUUAUCGCGAGAUCGUGUUUUUUCGGAAGAAAGAGCACAGUUUUAUGGAGCAGAGAUUGUCUCAGCCCUGGAUUACCUUCAUUCUGAGAAAAACGUUGUUUAUAGAGACUUAAAGUUGGAGAACUUGAUGCUGGAUAAAGAUGGCCACAUAAAGAUCACUGAUUUUGGCCUGUGCAAGGAGGGAAUUACAGAGGGAGCAACAAUGAAGACAUUCUGCGGUACACCAGAGUACCUGGCUCCAGAGGUUCUUGAGGACAAUGAUUAUGGCCGGGCGGUGGACUGGUGGGGGCUGGGUGUAGUCAUGUACGAGAUGAUGUGUGGCCGGCUGCCCUUCUACAACCAGGAUCAUGAGAAACUCUUUGAAUUGAUCCUCAUGGAUGAGAUCCGUUUUCCUCGUACACUUGGACCUGAGGCAAAAUCUUUGCUGUCAGGACUGCUUCAGAAAGACCCGAAGCAGCGGUUAGGUGGAGGUCCAGAUGAUGCAAAAGAAGUCAUGCAGCAUAAGUUCUUUGCAGGCAUUGAGUGGCAAGAUGUUUAUCAGAAGAAGCUUGUACCACCCUUUAAGCCCCAGGUAACGUCAGAAACAGACACUCGCUACUUUGAUGUGGAGUUUACAGGGCAGACCAUCACCAUCACACCCCCAGGCCAAGAUGAAAACAUGGAGUCCUUCGACAGUGAUAGAAGACCCCACUUCCCUCAAUUCUCAUAUUCUGCCAGUGGCACAGCAUAAAAAGUCUUUAAAAGAAUACUUGACCUAGAAAUAUUUGUGAAAAUUUGCUUAACCCCAUAUCAUUCCAAAUCAGUUUGACUUUGUUCCACAUGUGAAACCUAAAUAUAUUUUUUUAUAUCCUGGUAAAA